AGCACAUGCUGGGAGUUGUAGUUCCCGAGGAGCGUCACCUGGCGCUUUCCCGUGCCUCACAGUAUUGGGCUCCACAGGCUGGCGGUCACAUGUGACGAGGGGUGUGGCGCCGCUCGUUUCUCUACUUUCAGAGCCGUUCACACGGGGGCAGGGAUGGUGCGGUUGUGGCAGUGCGUGGUGUGAAUGGGGGCGUCCUGGAGCUGGCAGUCACAUAUCGCACUAGUCUGCAGUUGAUGCGUGAAGCUUGGUGAUGUCACCUAGAGCCGUGUGCUGUCCGUGUUCUCCGGAGACCUGCACUGGGGCUGUGACCAUUGAAGUCUGUGGGUCCAUGAAAACUGAUAGAACAGAUGGCCUCAGUAUUGUCAGAGAUUCUGGGUGGAAAUCCCUUUAUCAGAGACUAGAUGUUUCAUAAGAAGCUGACUCCUGUCAAUUCAGUUCUUCACUCCCAAGACUGAGACUGCAAAUAUGUCAACGAAAGCCCCCAUCUACCUAAAAAGAGGAUCUCGCAAAGGAAAGCUGAGAGAUGUCUUGUCCCCCGACAUGAUAAGCCCUCCACUGGGAGAUUUUAGACACACCAUACAUAUUGGCAGCGGAGAAGGAGAUGUUUUUGGAGACAUUUCUUUUCUGCAGGGCAAAUUUCACCUUCUUCCUAGACUAAAUUCUAGCUCGUCUACAUCAUCACCGGAUGUCACCCCGCCCCUGUCACAUUCAGAAGUGCCAUCACCUGUUUUAAAGAAUGCCAUCUCGCUUCCUACAAUAUCGGAGCCACAAGCGCUCUCGCUCCUUCAGGCCCCUCCACCAAAACCACCUCGUCUUCACCUGGAUGACAAGACUAAAAGCCCAGUGAAAGAAAUGGACAAACCCUUGCAAGUGAUGGAUAACAACUUUUCAUCUGAGAUGAAGGAAGAAAGGUUCCUUGCCCAUGCUGGAUCUCUUCUUUCUCUUCAUGUGGACUUGGGGCCUUCAAUCUUGGAUGAUGUGCUACAGAUAAUGAACAAAGAGUAGAAGUCUCUGCUCUGUAAGGGCUAAAGUUCUCAAACAUUUUAUUCAUUUGUUUUUAAACACUAAAAAGAUUUUAGGAGUUAACUGUUUGGGCAGUGACCAUAAAUGAUUCCAUGCUGCCUUUUACAUAGUCUAUAUAUGCUUUAUAACAUUGAGCAUCAUCUGCAGAAACUUUGGGGCCUGUACUGGAAAUAAACAGGAUGGUGUCUGUGCAUGUGCUAUGUAAAGAUGCACUACCUCCACUUAGACAAGGCAUCUCCCGUUCAAAUUCAAGUGCCUUUCUGCCAGGAAGUGAUAAAUGACACUUUAUUUUUUUGGAAUGUUUUUAUGACCAAAUUUAUAAGGUUCUUAAGAUGCAAUACAGAAAGUUAUUUUCGA